AUGCCUUCUUCUUCUUCUCCUCGUUGUGAUGAUGCACUUACCAUCCUCUCAAAAUGCACUGUUGUGCCAGACCAAGAUUCCACUCUCGGAGAUCUAAAGCUCUCUAUCUCAGACCUUAACAUGCUGUUGUCUCACUACAUCCAAAAGGGGUGUCUCUUCUCCACCCCAUCUAUCCCCGCUCACACUCUCAUCCCUCACCUCAUCAACGCGCUUUCUCGCACGCUCUCCUUUUUUCCUCCCUUCGCUGGUCGUCUCAAAACUGACGUUCAUGGCUACGUCUACAUCUCAUGCAACGAUGCUGGCGUCGACUUCAUCCACGCUACCGCCGUUGAUAUCUCCGUCACCGACCUCCUGUCAACGUCCGAUGUUCAUCCAACCUUCAACCGGCUCUUCCCUUUCCACCACAAAAUUAGUUACACUGCUCAUUCCUCCCCUAUCAUGGCCUUUCAGGUCACCGAGUUCGCUGACGGUGUUUUCAUUGGUUGUGCUGUCUGCCACGCCGUCACCGAUGGAGCCUCCUUCUGGAACUUCUUUAACACCUUCGCCGCAGUUUCUCAAGGAGCAACCGUUUGCCCCUCUAUCCUCCCUGAUUUUCGUCGGGACUCCAUCCUCACCUCCAAGGUCGUGCUUCGGCUGCCAAAAGAAAUCAAGGUCACCUUCAAUGUUGACGCACCCUUUCGCGAGAGAAUCUUCAGCUUCAGCCGCGAAUCAAUUCAGAAGCUGAAAGCCAUAGUGAAUAAUGGUGGAACAAAAUUUUCGUUGGAGAAUGUCGAGUUGAUGGCAAAGCUUAGCAACGAUACUGAAGUGAAAACGGUUACAAGAGGCGUAAGUAACGAAACGAGAGAGAUUUCGUCGUUUCAGUCGCUGUGUGCGCUGAUGUGGCGGUGCGUUACUAGGGCGAGGAAUCUGGAAGGGCCUCAAGUGACGACGUUUCGAAUGGCAGUUAAUGUUCGGCAACGCAUGGAGCCAAAGUUGGGUGAUCAUUACUUUGGGAACGCGAUUCAGACCAUUGCCACGUGUGCAGAAGCGCGUGACGUGGUGUCUAGCGACCUUCCAUGGUGCGCGGAGCAACUGAACAAAAGCGUGAAGGCGUUCGACAGCGCUACGGUGUGUCGCAACGUGGAGAAUUGGGAGCGUGAGCCAAAGUGCUUCGAGUUGGGAAACCACGAUGGCGCCACUGUGCAGAUGGGAAGCUCGCCGAGAUUUCCGAUGUAUGACAAUGAUUUCGGAUGGGGGCGGCCCUUGGCCGUACGGAGCGGUGGAGCGAACAAGUUUGAUGGGAAGAUGUCGGCGUUUCCCGGGAGGAAUGGCGGUGGUAGCGUUGAUUUGGAGGUUGUUUUGGCGCCUGACUCCAUGGAGCAACUUGGGUCUGAUCCUGAGUUCAUGUUUUAUGUUUCCGGUUAG